AUGGGGCAGGCUCCUCCUCGGAGCCCGGCCAGGGCAGGGGCGCUGAGGGCCCCAGCAAUGCCAAACUUUCCGAACCCCAGCCACGGCGUCCGCCGUUCCGCGUCGUCUCGGUCUCGCGCAGCCUCGUCUCAGGCAGGAUGCGAGGCUGCUCUGGGAACCGGGCUUCUCGGGAUUCCGACUCCUCUGCCUGGGAACCUGCCACAGCCACCCCGAGGCCCCCAGACGCCUCCGUCCCACGACGCCUUCCCCCCCGUCCCCGCUCCUUCCCCGCUCCCGGAGAAACUGGCUGAGGAGCGCGGAGGGGCGCGCGUCCCCGCGCCCCGGGCCCGCGCAGCAGGUGCGGCCAAGCCCCACCUCCCCGACGAGGCCGCGGCUACUCACCCCCACGAUGUUCCUCUGCGACCUCACCGCCCUCACAGACGCCUCUUCCGCCGGCUCCGCACCCUCCUCGUAGCCACCGCCCCCUCGGCCGCUGCCGUAGCCGCCGUCCUCGCCGCCGCCGCGGCGCGCGUCCGCCCUCACGCACACCGCCGUGGCCGCGCACGCGCCUCUGCGCGCUGGCGUCACUUAGCAACCGAUCGGCGGCGGCCCGGCGGCCUCCGCGGGUUUAGGGCCGGGAGAUCCAGUCCCGCGGGUUUUGCGGCUUUCCCCCACCCGCCCGAUUCGCUGCCCUCCCAAGCAGGGGGCCCCAGGGCGUGGCUGCCCUGCCGGCACCUAGCUCCGGGUGGGGAUACAAAGUUUAAGUAAUUGUGCCAAGGUCAUACUAACAGCAGGUGAUGUGACAUAUAACUGGCUGUUUUCUCCUUUCACUCUGACUGCCAAGAAGCUCUGAGAAAUCUGUGGCUCUGCAUUAGUAACUGGAAGGACCCUUAGCCUGCAUAUCUGUAUUCUGUUGGUUUGAAAUUUUUCAAAAUAAAAAGCUGGAGGAAAAUAGUCCAAAUUCUUCUUUAUUUUCUAAAUCAUUGAUAUUAUACAUUAUUUUAUAAUUGGAAAAAGUAAUUUCUUUCUUUAAAAAGAAGGUUGCAGCUUUGCAUGAUUUCUCAGGCUUUGACUCUGUGGACAAGAACUAGUUUCAGGUUAAGUUCCUUGGUUCAAUAUAGAAUCUUAUAGAAACCAGGACUUCUGUUACCUUGAAAGUCCAGAUCAAUAGAAUUGGCAUUCAGACAGAUCAGAAAAUAUUUCAAGUCACAUAAAACAGGCAAGUUGUGGCCUUCCUUAUUUUUAAACUGUGUCUAAAUAAUUUGAAACCACUUUUGGAUUAUUUGAACAUAUGCUGCCUUGCUUUAGAAAUAAGAAUGUCAAUCAUCUUCCUUAAUACUGAUGAUAUUUUAUUAUAAUUUAAUGUACAGUUGAUUCUGUGGUUUAGCAUUUGUCAGAAAUGAAGAUCACCGGUUCUAAAACUAAAAUUAUUAUUUUGGUACAUGUCCUGAAAUUUAACUGGCUUAGAUCCAGCAACUCAAUACCAGACUGAUUUCUUAAGUGUAUGUUUUAUAAGAAAUUCUUCCAGGUAGAUUUAC